AUGGCAGACAAGGAUCCUAAGAAUGACCCUAUCACAGUUGACCAGGUCGAGUCCAUUGCUCGACAGAAGCUUCCAAGUAAUGUCUAUAACUACUAUGCUUUGAUGAUCCUGCCUCGCAUACUACGCGAUGUUUCUCAAGUUGACACGUCUGUUGCACUCUUCCAGAGGAAGUUUCCAAUUCCGGUCGGCAUUGCACCGAGCGCCAUGCAAAAACUUGCAGGGCAAGAUGGAGAAAUGGGAAUGGCAGGUGCAGCAGCCGCAAUGGGUCUAAACUUCACUCUUUCUUCAAACUCCACAACAUUGCUGGAGGAUGUGGCUUCCGUUAGGACUCGGUGUGAAGUCAGGUCCGUGGCUCCCUUCUGGUUCCAAAUCUAUCUUACCACCGACUUGGAGCACCGCGUCCCCUUGAUCAAGCGCGCAGAAGCGGCGGGAUAUGAGGCCCUCGUCCUUACUGUCGACACCCCAGUUCUCGGAAACCGCAUCAAUGAGCGCCAAACUCCACUGAUCCUACCUGAGGGUAUUCGAUUGGAGAACCUCGAGCCCGACAAGAUACAAGGAACCCGGAAGCCAUCACCGAAUCGUAUCUUGAUGGAUGCGCGAACUCCCGAGCAAGCUAAGAUUGCUCUUCAGGAGAUUGGGGGCAAGGCACACAGCGCUUCUCUGACCUGGGAGUCAACCAUCAAGUUCUUGCGAGAAACUACAAAAAUGAAAAUCAUUCUUAAGGGUAUUCUAGCACCUGAGGAUGCCCAGCUUGCAGUGGAAUAUGGUGUUGACGCUAUCAUUGUUUCUAAUCACGGUGGUCGACAAUUGGAUAGCGUGCCUUCUACCAUACAAGCAUUACCCGGUGUAGUGGAGGCGGUGGGUGGGAGAAUUCCUGUGAUUCUGGAUGGAGGAAUUCGCCGUGGAAGUGACCUCUUCAAGGCAUUGGCACUUGGUGCAGACUUUGUGCUUGUUGGCCGUCCAGCAUUAUGGGGGCUGGCUUUUGAUGGCCAAAAGGGAGUGGAAACAGUGAUGAAUAUCCUUGAAAGGGAGCUGACCCGCACUAUGGCAUUGGCUGGAACUUCCAACUUGCAAGAAAUCAACUCUUCUUUGCUCAGAUUGUCUGUAGAUGGACGUUUGAGUAAAUUGUGA